AUGUCCAAAUCAGAUCGAACAUCUCGACAUCAAAGUGGCAGGACUUGGCAAGAUCAUCAAAUUUGUUACCUGUAUAGCUUGCAACAUCCAUCCCCGCCUUUCAUGAGAAAAAAAAAACUGCAACGCGCGAGAAAAGGUGGACAAGCUUCAAUCUAUCCCCUCGGUCACUUGGGUCUUAGACCUUGGAUUGAAAGCGGGGUUGUGCAGAGGGAGGCCAUAUUAUUGCUACGAGAGGACUUCGAAGGAAGAACCGAGCCAAGCCCAGUCCAGUACGUUUACAUGACUCCGGGACCCUAUCCGCCAUUACAACUCGCUGGCCCGGAACCAGGCGACAAAGAGGCUGGAGGUGGGAGAGGGAUGAUUCGUCCAUCAAUGAUCACUUCGAUGAAAGGAUCGGGAGCGACGGACUCUCCUAAGGGUGCAGAAGGGAUUCUGGGGAUCUGGGGAAUAUCGGUGCCAGUGACGUCAACGGUGGCGUCGGUACACACCUCGCACCUUGUGCUCCAUUAUCAUGGUGGUGAUUUGACAGGCACGUGCAUUGCUUAUCGAGAUAGCACUAUCGAAUCAAGCUCCUGGUGGUCUUUUCCGAAUUGGAGUUUGGAUAUCCCCAAGUCACUAACACUGCGCCAACAUUCAUCGUCCAUCCAAACCUCAACAAACAUGGACCAGUACAUCAGCGAUGAGCGAUAG